GGAUCGAUAUCAAACCAGUGUUAGUAAACGCUGUUCUGUUUACGAUUUAAAAAUGAUCACAGAGAUGAUCAAUCCGACAAAAAUCUCGUUGUCGAGCUCAAUGAUCACGCCUGUACUUAGCAGUGCGGUGAUCAGCAUCAUCAUCGCAAUGGUGUUCCGCGGUCUACGACGUCGCCUUCUUCUCCCUCCUGGCCCAUGGUUCUUCCAGGUCCGGAUGGCAUACUACAUGAUGACGAUGGCAUUCCCGUCGCGAGUGGAGCACAUCUUCGAGAAGCUGGCGAUGAAGUACGGGAAGAUGUUUAGUUUUAGUUUCGGAUCCGACGUCCAUGUCAUCAUCAGUGAUCCCGAGAUCAUCCGGGAAGCCUUCGUCAGGAAUAGAGCAGUUUGCAGUGAUCGUCAGAUCAUGGCAGCAUACAAGAUGAUAUAUGGAGGAGAUUACAAUCAUCGUAUCUUACUUGCAAAUGGCCCUCUUUGGAAAACAGCCAGACGGGUGGUAGGUCCUUGCCUCAGGAACAUCGGGACAUGGGGCCAACAGAUGGAGUCAAUCAUCAUUCAUGAAGCAGACUCCUUGUUGGGCAAGCUUGGUGAGCAAACCUCAAAGUCAUUCGAUCCUCGUCAUCACAUCAACAGAGCCGUAGCCAACGUCAUCCAGACCAUGGUUCACGGCUACAGUCUCGAUCUCGACGACCCAAAACUUCAGCAGAUGAUAGAUUCCUUUCAGGUAACCACGUCGCAUCCAGUCGUCAACCGGAACUCCUUACGGUAUUUCCCAUUCUUCUACUACAUGCCAAGGUUACGCCCUCUGCGGCAGGCUAUGCAGUUCUUGAAGACCACGCUAUCAACAGCCGUGUAUUCACAGGCGAUUGAGUACGACCAUAACAACAUCAACACAAUUGUACAACGUAUUAUGCAGGCUGCAGAACAGGAUGAGAGUACGGGAGAGGAUAGGUUGAAGACCAAGGAGGUUUGGAGAUUGGUCUUUGAUCUCAUGCUUGCGGGGACAGACACCACAGCAAAUACUCUUCAGUGGGCUGUUCUUAUUAUGGCGCACUACCCAGAGAUUCAAAAGAAGGUUCAUGAAGAGAUCGACCGCGUGUUGGAUGAAAGGGGUCCACGGUUGCAAGACAAGAAAUCAAUGCCUUACCUCCAAGCAACGAUCAUGGAAAUAUUACGCAUCCGUCCAGUUGUGCCAAUGGCCAUACCACACGUUACAACUGAAGAGAUUGUAUUGAGAGGGUACACCAUCCCAAAGGGUGCCAUUCUAACUCCGAACAUCUGGUCAUGUCAUCACAGUGCCGAGUUUUGGGACAACCCGGAAGUGUUUAAACCUGAUAGGUUCCUGACAAAUGACAUGAAGUCCCUUGUUGAUGAGCCUCUUGCGUACAUGCCAUUUAGCUGUGGCUCUCGGAAAUGUCUUGGAGAUCAACUGGCAAAAAACGAACUGUUCCUCAUCUUCGCCAAGAUCAUGCAGAAAUUCAACAUCGACUUUGCGCUCGGUGAUCGUCCAGAGUCACUCGAUGAGGGGUUCGAGAAAGGUGUGAUCUUACGACCGAAUGCCAUGAAGAUUCGAUUACUGCCUCGUGCCAUUUACCGGCAUGAAGAAUGAAAGUUAUUGAAAACAGAAUAAAAUUUGUCAGUAGGUCCAAACUAUACAGCGCCCAUUUAUUUCUAUCUCACCAAAAAAUUAUUUCUAACAGUUAAUAAAUUCAAUUUCAAACAUAAUUGUGACAAUAAAUUUGAUUAUGCCGAUAUAGGCCUUUAUAGCAUGUCGCUGUCUUUGAAGGAAACUGCACCACAAAAUGCCAAAUAUAUCCUUCAUGAACGCGGCCGUGUAUCGCAUUUCAUGUCUGUAAUCAUGGUAAUACAACAUAAAUCGAUAUUCAAGUUUUUUUCUGAGAAUAAUUGCUUACAUUUUUUUCCCAGUGGCGAAGCAAAUUUUAUAUUCUUUCAUUUCUCAUCAUAUUUUGCUAAAUUUAAGUAUCUUGAGUAUCCACUAUUUAUCAUUUUUUCUGUUCUGUUUUUUUUUUCUCCAAUCAAAUUUUUAAUUCACAAACUAAGUGGAAUUUAAAGAUAAAAGUCACAUUUUGGUUCCUCUGGAUCAAUACCAAUUCCCACGUACUUUCUUUACUCGGUUUUGUUUCGGGAAGACGGCUCAAAUUCUCAGAAAUAACUUUCUCCAAUUAACGUUUGCUUAUUAUUUGAAAUUACACUAUAUUUUGUCAUUAAUUCUAGACCCUGUAAAAAAAAUUGUGGUAUCUCUACUAUUCUAUAAAACACAAUCAACUGUGAUUCGAAGUACACACAGCAACAAACGGUGUAGAAAAGGUUGCAAUCGAUUGUAAGUGUUCUUUUUUUUUGGGGGGGAUAUGCUGUUAUUACUUUCACAGGGACCCAAAGUGGUAUAUAUUGAUUUUCCCUUAUAUGAAAUGUCCUUUUGUAUAUAUUCUUGAAAAAGUGUUAUUACCAUUAUUAUCACAAGGGGUAAUACAGUGGCGUACC